AUGACCGUAGACGAGACGCUUGGCAGCAUGGAAAUGGCGAAGCUGCGACGGGAGAGGAAACGCCAGACAGACAGAAAUGCACAAAGAGAGCAUCGAAAACGCCAAAAGCAGUACAUCGAGGAGCUCAAGGCUCAGAUCGCCCUUCUCAAAUCGCCCGGCCCGUCCGAAACGUCCCAACUCGCCACUCAGAACAUCAGGCUGCGGGAGGAGCUCAAACAAAUGCAUAGCCUCUGGGACGAAAUGGAAACCAUCCUUCAGCGCCAACGCGAACUCAGACAGCAGUCGAUUGUCAGUCCGUCUCACGGCUGCGGGAACCCCAACGACGACGUAGAUCGAGACAACGAUCCCAACUCCCAAGCCUUUAUCGCGGACUCUUUACAUACUGAAAAUGGCCUCUCAAAUCAUUUUGCGCCUCACCAAGAGCCGAAUAUGACCCACGAGGCCUCGGAACCGAUUGGACUUUCUGGGCUGGAAGACUUCAUGCUGCACGAGCCUCCAACGGCGAGCCAUAUGCCUGAGACCUUGUGUCAAGAUACUGGCCUGGAUUUAGACACCAACUUUGACAUGCUCGCAACAAAUGACGACUCAAUCGAUAGAAUACUCAUCGGUGAAAGCCAUCUAUUUGACGAGAGUCACACAGGCAAUAUUUCCAUGACAGAAUCUUCGCGGACCGCCCAAAUCAGCCCAGGAAACAAUCGACAACAAUCUUCAAGUGCUUUGGACCAAGUAUCGACCAUCACGGUCCAGACUAACUAUUCCCGAUCUCAUGGUGAAACUUGCGCAUUGACACAGAAUCCGAGGAAGUCGAAGCGCGCUACAGAUGUCACGCCGUGUGAACAAGAUCAAACAUCGUGGGAACACUAUGCAACUCCUCGUCAACCCGACACCUUGGAUGGGUUCAUGGAGCUGUUUGGAGCUUACGUGGAGCAUUGCAUACCCGCACUCGGCCCGACGAUAUGGUCCAUCGAUGGGGAACCUCAGACUCCUAUGCUUCUCUCCCCACCAUCGCCCAGAGACCAACCCCUUCACAACAUGAUCGAGCGUGCCAGCAAGAACCCAGUCGCUAUAGGGCCACCAACGCUUGUUGACUUCUUAUUUGAUAACCCGACAAAUACCCUGUCGGUUGACCUAAAGAAAUAUCUGGCACCAGUGCAGAAAGUGCGGCGCACCUCCGAAUUCCUCGCAACUUAUUGGGUGCUGUACCUGUUUCUGAGAAUUCUCCGGACUGACGAGGCCUACCAAAGUCUUCCUCCGUGGUUCCGUCCAACACCUCUUCAGCGUACCAUUCUCCAUCCAGUUACGGCAGAUCUCAUAGCAUGGCCCGAAAUUCGCGAAGGUCUUAUCCACAUGUCUCUCGAAGAUUCAGAGGCCUUACAGGAGGUUUCCGCCGACGUGGGAAAGUAUCUCACAGUUGAUAUUUCGGUGGCAGAACAUGAUCUACUGAAUGACCCCCAGCAAAUCGCUUCUCAGAUCUUGAACCUCGCUAACUGGACGCUGGACACGAAAUUCUUCGACCAGUACCCCCAGUGGAACGGUAUUGCUCGCGCUAGACGAAGUAGUGUAUGA